CACACGCAAAAAGCCAUGAGUGGUAGUACACAGCGCUCAGAAGCGAAGGGGAAUGCGAAUAUCACCGAGCUACCACGAGAAAUGUCCGCUAAUGUGUCGAACAAAGCAAGCAGCCACUUGAAGGAUGACGUGGAAAAGACUGUGGAAGACCAUUCUCAAACUUCGAAGACGCCGCCCGUAAACAGAAUGCACUUCAUACUCGGAACUCUAGACAAGAAGGGGAAUGAACUGAACCGAUGCGCAACAAUCUCAAUUGAGAGCAAGUACUAUGAGUUUCAGCCGGGCAGUCAGUGCUCUCCCAUAGCAAGAAUGAAACAGGCUUCUCAAGUUCAGAAUCCACCGCGUGCUUAUCUCACGCCGGCGAAGGAAGGUGAUCUGACGUAUGGUGCUCGAGCACUAGUCGACACUUUGACCCGUACGCUCUUGUACAUGACAGACAAAUACGGUGGUCAUGUGGGAGUCUUAGAUGCGGGCCCCAUACAAAAGCGUUUCCUUGAGUGGGUACAAGACAGGGCCGAGCUGACCCCCUACAAAGAGAUCUGGAAAUUCCGACUGCAACCACCGCACGACAAAAUGAUGGCCCACUUUUGCCUCGGGAUUGCUCAUUACCUUGAGUUUGUGAAGAGUCAGGACCGCGCCAACAUUGAGAGAACUUUCAUAUUGGUCAAGAUCUGCACAACCAGUUACUCUUCAGCAAAGACGUUUCUCGAACAGAGCGCGCAGUUCCAAAACCUGUGGGACAAGAUUUUCGACAACAUUUCUGCCAUAAUGGAUAUCAAUCGUGAUUCCCGGGUAAUGGUAUAUGUUAGAGGCUGCGAUCAGAAACCACAGAACGAUACCGAGAAGGCUGCUCUCGAUUACUUGGAGUCCGAAAAGCGUAAUCCCCGCAAGAUUAGCGUGUACCCGGACGUUCAAGGUGACGUACUCUACGGCGGGCUCUUGGAUCAGGAAGAAUGGACUCAAGAAUGGGAGUCAGUUGAGAGUUUCUCGGUCUGA